CCCCUCCACGUAUCGCUUUCGAGUUCCUCAACCGAAAUAAAUCCUAUUCCCAGAGCAUGAAAACACUUUUUUCCCGUCGCAAAGCGUAAACAAAUGUUCGGUGUUGUUUUGUAAGAUCGGUCUACCUGUGGCUUGCGUGAAGAAACUCGAUACUCGCGUUGGUUCAAUAUUGACUCUAAUCAAGACGUAUUAUCGCAGGACAUUUUUGUCGCCGGGGUUUUGUCGGUCAUUAUCGUGUGUGUUCAUCAAAUACGCUGGUUUUGUAGCCGACUAAACUCAGUACUUUACCUGUAUGUAUUUACAGUAGACUUACUAACAGUUACGAUUAUCUGAACACAAGAAAUUUCAUGAUACGAGUUUCCAUGCUGGUCAUCUUCGAUGGUUUCUUCUGCGAACGUCGAAUCGUUUUCUUGAGCGAGGAAGUUCAGCAGCAAUAAGGAGAUUCCUGAAGCGGCUGGGCCAGGUCAAACAUAUCCGUGAUAUAUUCAAGCUGUGAACGCAACGAUUUCUCGGCCUUAAAUUCUGGUUUUACUAAGUAUGAAGUCUGCUAGAUAACCGAGAUGUUGGUUCAAAAACCAAGUUUUAUGUGAGGAAAUCGCAAAUGGUAUUGAAGAAAGCAGCUUUCUUGGAAAGCUGAUGCGAAGCUGAGUGAUACAUCACAUCACACAACACACAUCGCCAAAACAAGAAACGCAUCAACAUGUUCUUACUACGGAGGUUUUGUUCCCGCCAUCCUCGUCGAUAUCUAAUUCUCGUGUUGGUGCUUGGUUUGCUGCUGAUCUGGCAUUUGAACUAUUUGAAUAUCAACUUUAGGGAUUCGCAUAUUGAGCAUGUUGUCCUAAAGGGCCCUGGAGACCAUGAUCACAUGCACAAGGAGAGAAAACCUGCCGGGUCACAUGAUUAUAUCAAGAUAACUGACGUACAAGUAGAGCUGGAACCAGACGACAAUAACGGCAUCAAGGAUUAUAACAAUGCUUCCUCGCUAUGUAACCACAAAGACAAGCAAUGCGUUGGGUUCGUGUCUCGGAAGUCACGUGACUUGACUACGUACUAUUUGGUUCUUAUGUUACCAAGGAGACUGAGAAGAGGCGUCAGUACGUUAUAUUUGAAGAACAGGAAUGUGCGAGAUAUAUCUUUUCUCGAGGGACAUCUACAAUGCGCUGUGCCAAUAGAAGAAAUGAAAGCAGCCAGUCCCUCGUCGCCCAGCUGCAAGCUUCCUGACCUCAACCCGUGGGACGAAAGCAUCCGUGAAUACAUCGUGCCCAAAGAUCCGAUGAAAUGUUACGGCAAAUUAUUCACGAGUUACCAUGGCAACACGCUCAAGUUUGUUCGCCCUCAAGAUAAGCACAGCAUUAAGCGGAUUACAUACCAGACGAUCAAGAGAUCCGAUGACGAUGUUGGCUACGAAAAUGGAGAACAAAAAAGUCUAAAGCUUCAUGGUAAAGGGGUGAACUUGACGGAGGAUUUCGUACAGGUUACAACAUAUCUUAAAGACGGUGAUUCCCAGACUGACUACCACGCCAGUGUGGUGGCAAAACCCGAGGUGUUGAGAAGACCAAGAAAAGACACAGGGUUACCACUAAACAUCAUCAUGCUUGGUCUAGAUGGCAACUCAGACGCGAACUUCCAGCGAUUUCUACCCGAUGCGUUUAAAUUCCUUAAAGAUGAUUUAAAGGCGUUCAUUUUCAAGGGGUUUUCUUUAUUGGGCGAGGCCACUACUCCUCAACUUACUGGCCUGUUGACUGGCAAAUCGGUCGAGGAUAAUUGCGCCGUGCAUGAGGCAAGGAAGGGAAAGACUGAUGAUGGAACAGUGGAUAAAUGGCCGUUUAUUUUCAAAACUUUGAAAGAACAUGGGUAUGCUACCAUGUUUAGUGAAGAUGCCCCGAAUAUUGGUGCGUUUCAUCUGAGGCUAAACGGCUUCAAAACCCAGCCUUGUGACCACUACGGCCGUUAUUUCUGGUGGGCAGUACCCUAUGAUGAUGCGAUGGGAGUCCACGAAGACUGCAUCAACUCACAACCGCAACACGUCAUGCAACUGCAAUAUCUUCGUAGCUUUAUCAAAGCAUACCCCAAAACACCGAAGUUUGGCUUUACCUUUCUGGGAAGCCUUUGUCAUAAGAGUUUCAAUAUGGUCAGUAGUGGCGCUAAGGAUGUCUAUGAAUUCUUGAAAUCUUUAAAAAAAGACAAGCACCUUGAUAAUACAAUGUUAAUCGUUUUUGGCGACCACGGCGCCCGGUUUGAUGAGAUACGGUCAACUUUACAAGGAAAACUGGAGGAGAGGCUGCCAUUCUUGUCUAUCGCUCUUCCCCAGUGGUUUCGAGAAAAACAUCCAAACUUCGUUAAACAUCUUCAGCAGAACACUCGUCGAAUUAUCUCUCCGUUAGAUCUGCAUGCAACAUUUAUGCACGUCUUAAAAUACCCGGAAAACCCUUCCAAGUCUUCUCUUACUAAAGGUUCCAGCCUGUUUGAGGCGCUGCCCGAAAACCGCGAGUGCAAAGAUGCUGGCAUACCAUCUCAUUUUUGCCCGUGUAUUUUAUGGAAACCGAUUCCAACGACGCAUAGUCAUGUUGAAAUUGGUGCGCAUUUGACUGUUGCGCACAUUAACGACUUGCUUACGAAGGAUUCGUCUGUAAAACAUAUGUGCCAUAAACUACGAUUAGACAAAAUUGUUAGUGCAGUUCAAGGAAUGCCAAAUAGGAAUGUUCAGCUUUUCAAGGGGAUCAAAGAUGGAAUCGGCCUCGGCGUCGGUGAACCGAUUUACAAUGAUCAAAGUCAACCGUUACAAUGUACCUAUGAUAUACAGCUGAGAGUUCGACCUAGUAUGGCGCUAUUUGAAGCAACUGUUAAGAUUAUUGACGGGAAAUUUGUUGUCAAUGGAGACAUUAGUCGUGUGAAUCGCUACGGUACUCAGUCGGAAUGCGUCGUAAAGUCGCAUCCGUCAUUGAGAAAAUUUUGCCUUUGUAGACACUAAUGCUUGCGAAUGUUUCGUUAUAUUUCCUAUAUUUCACUUAAGCAAAGAGAAAAAAUGCUGGCGGCCAUAUUGGUGGCAAACCAAAUAAGGUCCGAAUAAACUACCUCCAAUAUGGAUUAGAUCUAGAUAACGCUACCUCCAACAUAGCCUGCGUGCAGCCGGACUUUUCUCUCGGACUUAACAGUUAGUUAGUUCGGCUGCACGCAGGCUACCUCCAACAUGGCUCACUCGCGUUAAAGAAAACAAAUUCCAUAACUUUCAGAAGAGGGUUCGGCAUCAGCUAUGUUAUAUUUUAGCAGAAGAACGGGCUUUUCUCUUCUCAGUGGUCGAAAUAAUCAUUUCAAUAUUUUAUCGUGCUGUCAUCCAACAUGGAUGCUGUCACGUGAUCGUUGAGCCAAGUAGUUUUACGCUCAAGAAGGUCAAGAUCACGAGUCCUGGAGGGGGAGGUGUUAGAACAAUCGUUUCAAUUAUAGGAAUGUAGAAUCAUUUUAAAGAUUUUAUAUUUUUACCAAUUUUUACAAUUACGAAUUCUACGAUCAUACUGUGAUCAUUCGAAGAAUAUUUUUCAAAUAUACUUAAAUUUUUAAUUGCAAUUUAGAAUUUUCCAGGUCUGCAUCCUAAAUUAGGCAACUUUAUUCAAUUGUAAAAUAAAAUCAACCAUACUCUCAAGGAAGGGCACUGGCGAUAUUCCGGCAUAACUUUAUCAAAAUAAUAUAUUCCUUUUAGAAUCUAUAUUUAUGGAAACAUUGAAAUCUUAUCUUAAGAAUUAUAUAAAUAAACUCUGAAUUACAAUUCUAA